AUGUCAUUCCUAGACGGGGAAAAACAACCAAGAUACGAAGAGGAGGAUAGCCCGCAGCAUGAAUACAACGCGCUGGUAGAUUAUAUCCACAACGUUGAGUUGAGAAAAGCAGACGACGCUCAAGAUGUGCAAGACGACAACAUCGAGUAUAAGAGGCCGUGGUAUGCGCCUUGGAAGAAAAUCGAAAUUAGACAGCAAGGCAAAUCAGUGCCAGAUGAUUGGAUGCAUGCUGAUAUUAAACAUGGUAUCAGCUCAGGUGACGUCGAUCCACGUCGUCGCCAGUUCGGUUUCAACGAGUUAGAGUCUCCAGAAGAGAACUUGGUACUCAAAUUUAUUGGUUUCUUUAGAGGCCCUGUCCUCUAUGUUAUGGAAGGUGCCGUCGCCCUUGCCGGUGGUCUUCGUGAAUGGGUCGACUUCGGUGUCAUCAUUGGUAUUCUCCUUCUCAACGCUUUCGUUGGUUUCUACCAAGAAAAGCAAGCUGGUGACAUUGUAGCACAGCUCAAAAAAGGUAUCGCUCUUCGUACUAUCGUCAUUCGCGAUGGACAAGAACAAGAAGUCGAAGCAAGAAUGUUGGUUCCUGGCGAUAUUGUCGUCAUCGAAGAAGGCUCUACUAUUCCAGCAGACUGCGAGUUGCUUGCAGACUACAAGGACAAGGAUGGCUCGAGAGCUAGAGAGGUAUUCGAAAAGGUGAAGGCAGAGACGAAGAAAGAAAAGACGGAAGAUGAAGAAGACUCUUAUGGUAAAGGCCCAUCCAUCUUAGCCGCCGACCAAUCUGCUAUCACUGGUGAAUCUCUCGCUGUCGACAAGUACCACGGUGACAUCGCUUUCUAUACCACCAUCUGCAAGCGUGGCAAGGUGUUUGCACGCGUCAAGAUGACUGCACCAAUCUCUUUCGUUGGUAAGACAGCAGCACUCGUCCUCGGAUCUAACGAAAAGGGUCACUUUGUCAAGGUCAUGAACAUUAUCGCUGGUACUCUUCUCGUUCUUGUUAUUGUCUUCUUGUUCGCCGUCUGGAUUGGUUGUUUCUUCCGGAACGUAGAGAUUGCUCAACCAAGAGACAACAACUUGCUUGUCUACACUCUUAUCUUCGCUGUUAUUGGUGUUCCAGUUGGUUUACCAGUUGUUACCACCACUACGCUCGCUGUUGGUGCCGCGUACCUCGCCAAGAGACAAGCUAUCGUACAGAAGCUCACCUCAAUCGAGUCAUUGGCUGGAUGUGACAUACUCUGCUCAGACAAGACUGGUACUCUUACCGCUAACAAGCUCUCGAUCCACGAACCAUACACAGCCGAGGGUGUUGACAUGGAUUGGAUGAUGUGCGUUGCUGCCCUCGCCUCAUCUCACAACGUUAAGUCAUUGGACCCUAUCGACAAGAUCACCAUUUCCACUCUUAAGGAAUACCCAAAGGCAACAGAAAUGCUCAAGACAGGUUGGGUAACAAAGGAUUUCAGACCAUUCGACCCAGUAUCCAAGCGUAUUACUUCAAUUGUCGAGCGUGACGGUAUUACUUACACUUGCGCUAAGGGUGCUCCAAACUCAAUCCUCAAGAUGUGCGCAUGUCCACCACAAACAGCUCAGGCCUUCCGCGACCAAACUAUGGAAUUCGCUUCAAGAGGUUUCCGUUCCCUUGGUGUUGCAGUUCAAGAAAACAAUGGUGACUGGCAAGUACUCGGUUUGCUCCCUAUGUUCGAUCCUCCACGUCACGACACUGCUGCUACCGUCGGUGAAGCUAUCAAGCUCGGCGUUGGUGUGAAAAUGUUGACUGGUGAUGCUGUCGCUAUCGCUAAGGAGACUUGCAAGAUGCUUGGUAUGGGUACUAAUGUAUACGACUCACACAGACUCAUCGGCGGUGGCUCAAUGGCUGGUUCUGAAAUGCACGACUUUAUUGAAAACGCUGAUGGUUUCGGUGAGGUCUUCCCUGAACACAAGUACCAAAUUGUUGAAAUGCUCCAACACCGUGGCCACUUAACAGCCAUGACUGGUGAUGGUGUCAACGACGCUCCUGCACUCAAGAAGGCUGACUGUGGUAUCGCUGUUGAAGGUGCUUCCGAUGCAGCUCGUUCAGCUGCUGCUGUCGUUUUCCUCGAUGAAGGUCUUUCAACUAUCAUUACUGCUAUCAAGGUCGCUCGUGAAAUCUUCCACCGCAUGAAGGCUUACAUUGUCUACCGUAUUGCACUCUGUCUCCACUUGGAAAUAUAUCUCACACUCUCAAUCAUCAUCAUGAACGAAACCAUCCGCGCAGACUUGAUUGUCUGGAUUGCCUUAUUCGCUGAUUUGGCUACUGUCGCUGUUGCAUAUGACAACGCACCAUACGCUCUCAAGCCAGUUGAAUGGCAACUUCCAAAGAUCUGGAUCAUGUCAACCGUUCUCGGAAUUAUCUUGGCAGCUGGUACCUGGAUUCUCAGAGGUACACUCUUCCUCAACAAUGGAGGUGUUAUUCAGAACUGGGGUGGUAUUCAGCACAUUCUUUUCUUGGAGGUCUGUCUCACAGAGAACUGGUUAAUUUUCUUGACAAGAACUGGCGAGGGUGAGUUCAAGUGGCCAUCUUGGCAACUCACUGGUGCCAUUGCUGGUGUUGAUAUUCUCGCUACAAUUUUCACACUCUUCGGUUGGUUCCACUCUGAUGACGAAGAUCACAACGGUCAUACCGACAUUGUCACUGUUGUCAAGGUUUGGUGUUUCUCUAUCGCAGUUAUGAUUGUUUGCACAUUGGCAUACAUUGUCAUGAACAACAUGAAAGCAAUCAACAAUAUUGGCAGAACACAGAGAGGAAAGAUCGACAGACGCGUUGAAGACUUUAUGAAUGAGCUCCAAAGAAUCACGAUUGUUCACGAACGCUCUGACAGAGAUGUUUACAGACUCUACGGUAGAACGCAAGGUCUUGAUGCAGACAAUUAG